CUCACCACGUGUUUCAACAUUUAUUUUCGUUCAUGAUUUUUUUCAUUCUAUACGGAAAAAAUCAAAACCGCUUUGUUGAUAAACAAGAGACAAUAUGACAACCCACAAUAAAUUUUCAUAUUGCGAGAGUUGUAGUCGAUAUCCCUAUGUCGGCAGAGUAUCCGUAGGAGAAAAGGAUAGUGUCGACUUCAUCUAUCAAUUUGUGAAGAAAAGAUUUGUUGCCGUGGAUCACGGGAGUAUCAGCAUAUUACAUACUAGUUCUGACAUAAUUGGGCCACCCAAAUUUCAAAAUUACGGACAACUAUUUCAUUUACCAAUCUCGACGGUAAAGGAUGAUACUGGUGUUUCAACAUCUCCGUGGCUAUACAAAGCUGCCACGAGACCCAAACCGUACGAUUAUUAUGCAACAAAAAGAUAUAUUGAUAUCGAGUUUCAUGAAGCUGUAUAUCCAAUCAGAGUCUGUAUUUACGAAUUAUGUAAUCCUGGAAGCGUAAUUCAAAUUUCGGCUCAAGAUUCCAAUAAUCACUGGAUUCAGUUAUGGGAUGAAUCGUCUCAGAUUGUACCCCCGAUAUCAAGAUUAUUUUCUCCGCCGUUGUCGUAUCCGUGCAACUUCAAAACCAAAAUGCUCAGACUAGUGUUUAAGGGCAGUACAGUUAACAAUUUUACAAAACUGGAUGGUGUGAUGCUUAUCGGUACAUCAAAUUUGAUCCUUCCUAAAAAUCCUAACGAAAGUUUAAGUAAUCUGUUGAAAGGAAUUAACAGCAUCUACUCUUCACACCACGACGAUGUUCAUAAUUUAACAGCAGAUUCAAAAAGUGCACACUUGGAUAUAGUUCAUCUGCAACGAAAUUUUCCUGAAUAUUGUGUUAUUUAUAAAAGGAGGGGCUGGGGUGACGGCAAAACUUUCUUGAUGUGGAUACUAACACCGUUAAUUUUGUUUUUCCUGUAUUUGUCUUUGUCUAACGAAAUGACAUCUGUCCUUGUUCGAUACCUGUGUCAUCUCUACUUAUUACUAACCUGCGUGUAUAUUUUUGUGGAAAAUAUAUACGAUUUUCUCGAAGUCCAGAUUUGUUUUCCAGGCUUUCAAUCUCAAUUUCAAAGCGACAUAAGAAGGAUUUCUUAUAAGAAUAAUUUGAAGCACAAAAAGGUAUCUCAGGAGGUAAUCCCUGGUUAUGAGCAACCUCUUGAUCAGAGAUAUCCGCGUCAUAUUUUAUUGAAAAGUAAUUCGAAUUGUGCCAAGAGUAUGAAACUCUCAUUGGAUGAAUCCAAGGAGCUAUCACGUUGCAGUUUAUCUGCGCUUCCUACUGAAAUACUACUAAAAAUAUUUAAUUACUUAGAUGUGGUAACAUUAUGCCGCAUGAAUGAAGUAAAUAAUUGGCGCUUUGAUAUUUUAACACGGGAUCCUCUACUCUAUACACGUUUGAACAUGCGAUGGAUUAAAUCUGACAAAAAAUAUAUGUGCAAAUUAUUUUGUUACUUUGCAUCUAGAUGUAAUUAUUUGCAACAAUUAGAUCUUACAGGAUGCAACUUUGAUGUAAAUGAUUUCGUAAACUUUCUUGAUAAUUGCGGCAGGCAUUUAACGCAUCUAAGAUUAAGUGACUGCAACGAUGGAGAAUGUUUAAAUCCUGUCCUACUUAAAACUUCAGAGACAUGCAAAAAUUUGAAAGAAUUGGAUCUAACUUAUUCUUGCAUAGACGAUGAAGGAUUUUCGUAUAUCGAGAGGCUAAAUAAUUUGGAACACUUAAACCUUUCUGAUACUGGUAUAACAACCGAACGUCUUUGCAAAAUACUGCAAAAUAAUCAACGGAUUCGUCAGUUAUCGACAGGCUUUAUAGACAAUGCAGUUCUAAUAGAGUUGGAAAAUUCGUGUCAUGACUUGGAAAUAAUAAAUUCAUUUUUGUACGCACGUCGUCUUACAUCUGAGGGUAUUAAUGCUCUCGCUAACUGUAAGAAUUUACAAAAAGUGUCACUUGUAUUCGAUUAUUCAGUUACUGAUGAUAGCUUAUUUAAAUUACUUUCCUCUUAUCAAAACUUGCAAAAAGUUUUUUUGCACUAUGCUGUCCUCACUGAUCACCGGUUGGAAUUACUAGCGCAGUGCAAAAACUUAAAAAAGUUAUAUCUUUUUGACGCAAAACUUGAUAUACCUGAUAAUUAUUCCGUUAUUUUGGAACAAUGUCCUAAACUGCAGAUGAUUACUUUCAUUUUCGGUAAUAUAAAUCAAUUGGUUAAUCAAUUGGUUAAUCAAUUGGUUAAUCAAUGGAAGGAAAGAUAUCCGCACGUGUCCGUCUAUACAUUCUUUAUGAUUAAUUGAAAUAGUUUUUGUUUGAUAGUUUAGGACAAAUCAAUUUACUUU